UUUCAGCGUGAGAUGCGCCAGACAGCUGAGCCCCAGCUGAGGAAAGCCCUUCCGCGUCUCAUGAGGAGCAUUUUUUGCCAGCGCGACAACAGGCGAUGGAGUCACGGCGCUAGUGGGCUAGCAGGUAGUCCGAACACAGCUCAGAGGCAUUCGCGUUCCACCGAAUGCUUCCUACCAAGUAUCAGCCAUGCUUGAAAUGCACCUUUGGAAACAGAGCACCAGUCCACUAGCAGCGGACCUUCCGUCUUCCAAUCGAAUGCUUCUUACCCGAAAAGCUUCUUGCCAAGUAAGCUGCUGCGAGCAAGAGACCCGAAAGCCCGCAUGAGCGCGCAAGUGCAGCAGCGUCAAUGAUGGACGCAGCAAUAUUGGUGCUGCCACCGCCGCGAGUAGCGCAGAAAGCUUCCAUCGCGAAGAUGGAGUCGACGGCCAAUGGCGUCCACCGCGCGAAUGGCGCUGAUGAAGUGUCGGUGGCGUCUAGGAACGUUCGGACAGCGCGGAGGAACGCGCAAGUGCGGCUCAUCCAAUGAGAUGCACGAAGCACCGCCGCGAAUACCGCACGCCGAACGGCUGGGAGCGCGUUAAAGCGCGAAUGCCGGUGAAGGAAAUGCGAGAGCCGGACUCGCAGCGCGCAGAGUCCGAUGCUGGCUCCAUGGCGCUAUAAGAGAGGCCACAUCGAGCCACCAGUCAUUCGUUCAAUCCGCAGCCCCAAUCCUUCUCCUCACCCUCAGCCUAGCAUUCGCCCGUCUCCCGUCAUACCUCGUACCAACCGCUUACUAGACUAUCAUACCGUCCGCUGCAGGCCUCGCGCCGGUUACCCGCUCGCUCCCGCGGAAGUCCGAGAAGCGUCCGUCCACCGCGCGGCAUUCCCAAGGUCGCUGGUGCGCCGUCGAGUGUGCAGCCCGUGCGCUGCAAGCUGCGCCAUCCCGCCAUCAUGGCCCGAUCUGCUGCGUCUCUGUCGCCGCCUCGCGCUCUCUGCGUCGCCUUCAAGCGCCUCGCCGCCAUCCUCACCGUGGUGCUCUCUCUCUCCUUGUGCGUCUCCCUCUGCUCCGCCGCGUCCGCCGGGCGUCGUUUGCUGCAGGAGGGGCUUGGCGGCACGACGACUGUAACGACGACCACCACCACGAGCACCAGCGUCAGCAACAGCACCACGUAUGGUGCUGAUGUCUCCGUUAUAAGCACCGGCUCCACCUCCGCCACUGCCAGCGGGGGCAGCACCAGCAACGGGGGAGGCACCAGCAGCGGGGGGGGCACCAGCAGCGGGGGGAGCACCAGCAGCGUGGGCAGCACCAGCAGUGGGGGGAGCAGUGGGGAAGGCACCUCGGAUGGGGGGAGCACCGACAGCAAGGGAGACACAAGCAGCGGAGGGAGCAGCGGCACUGUCAACCCCAAUGCGCCCUUAAGAUACCGCGCUUCCUCCAUGCCCCACACGAAAGCCAGUAACUCGACCGGCAAAUUCUAUGUCGAUGUGAACAUCACGGAGUCCAAGCAGACCACCAACUUCAUCUUCUUUGUCUACAACGUGCCGCCCACUCCCAAGCCAACCUUCUCCAAUCCCACCUACUACACCACCGAUGGCAAGCUCUUGAUUGAGUUCACCUGCGCGUUCAAAGCAAUCGGCACACCUGGUUCCUACUACUGCGGGUUAGCCGGGGCGGCUGCUAAGGUGGCUGAGCCUUACAAGCCGAUUGGCAAGGGCAAGAAGCUGGUAGACGCUGGCCUCUUCACGAAUCCCGGAGGGUUCUACGCUUCGAUCAAAGUGAAUGGUGUGGAGCUGCGCGGGGGAAUCACGGCGUCUGUUGCUAACCUGUGAUUGGUUGGGGGAUGCUGGACACCCCGUGCCUUGCCUUAGAGGCACUAGCUAGGCUUGGGGUCUGUUUAGCUGUUACCCUUUAUCUAGUCCAGUGUGCUUAGCCGGUGUAUUGGUAUGGUUCUUACUGCUUCUGUGUGUUUCUUUGCUUUUUGUGCUCGACUUAUAUGGAAGCUUCAGUGUGCUUGCUUGGUAUUGCUGUACUAAAAACCC